AUGCCUUUAACAGUUGCAGCCCAGACGUUCCACACACCAAGUCUGGGGGAUGAAGAGUUCGAGAUCCCUCCCAUCGCGCUGGACGCUGACCCCUCCCUGGCCGUUUCCGACGUGGUGGGCCACUUCGAGGACCUGGGCGACCCCGUGACCUCCCAGGACACCAGCUUCUCCGCCCAGUAUGGAGUGCAGGCGCUUGACAUCCCCGUGGGCAUCAGCCACGGCCUCAUGGAGCAAGGGGGCGGGCUCCUGAGCGGCGGCCUGGCCAUGGACUUGGAUCAUCCCAUGGGGACUCAGUACAGCGCCAACCCGCCGGUCACCAUCGACGUCCCGAUGACAGACUUAAUGGGGCACAGCCAGCUGACCACUAUCGACCAAUCGGAGCUCAGCUCUCAGCUGGGGCUCAGCCUGGGGGGCGGGUCCAUCCUGCCCCCAGCGGCCCAGUCGCCCGAGGAGCGGCUCUCGCCCACCCCCUCGCCUGCCAAUUCCGUGCAUGAGGAGGAGCCGGAAGAGAUCAGGCGGCAAGUCUCCACCGCCAAACCCGUGCCGGUAACUUCGGCGGUCGUGACGCCCAUGGCGGUGCCCACGGUCGUGCUGGACGUGGGGAAGAAGCAGAAGCCGACCAAGAAGCAGAAGAAGAAGAAAGACCCCAACGAGCCCCAGAAGCCCGUCUCGGCCUACGCCUUGUUCUUCCGGGACACGCAGGCGGCCAUCAAGGGGCAGAACCCCAGCGCCACCUUUGGCGAGGUGUCCAAGAUCGUGGCCUCCAUGUGGGACAGCUUGGGGGAGGAGCAGAAGCAGGUUUACAAGCGGAAAACAGAGGCAGCGAAAAAGGAGUAUCUACAAGCGCUGGCAGCUUAUCGGGACAACCAGGAGUGUCAGCCUGGAGCCUCGCAGCAAGCCCUUGUCUUUCAGCCUCCAGUUCUCACGAGGACGACAGGAGAGACGGACCUCACCCCGGAUAGGUCCCCGAUGACCUCCCGGGGGAUCCAGCUGAGCCAGCUGCAGACCGGGACGGGGACCACCCAGAUCGUCCCCCGCUCCGUCCUGGCGGCCGCGGCGGCCGCCGCCUCUUCCAUGCACUUGCCGCGCCUCCAGCCCCCUCCCCUCCAGCAGAUGCCCCAGCAGCCCCCCGCCCAGCCCGUCACCAUCCUCCAGCAGCCGCCCCCACUCCAGGCCAUGCAGCAGCCCCCCCUGCAGCAGAAGGUGCGCCUGAACCUGCAGACGCCCCCGCCCCCCCUGCAGAUCAAGAUCCUGCCCCCGCCGGCCCUGCAGAUCCAGCCCCUGGCCCUGCGGACGGAGGAGAGCAGCCCCGAGAGACCCGCCCCGGAGCUCCAGGCGUCCCCCGAGCCGGUCGAGAUGAUCACGGCCGAUGUCGUGCCGGAGGUGGAGUCCCCGAUGCACGUGGAGCUGGUGUCCGAAUCGCCGGUGGCCUUGUCCCCCCGCCCUCGCUGCAUCCGCGCCGGUUGCGACAACGCGCCAGUAGCCAGCAGCGACUGGGACAACGAAUACUGCAGCAGCGAGUGCGUGGUGAAGCACUGCAGGGAUGUAUUUCUAGCUUGGCUGGCCUCCCGCAAUUCAAACAACGUUGUUUUUGUCAAAUAACAUCCCCGGCCUUUCACGGCUGGGGAGAAAAACUAUAGUUUGUGUUCCCCUGUGCCCCGCGUCUUUUAUCGAAGGACAAAAAAAAAGAGAGAGGGAAAAAAUUACUGCCAUGCCACUGAGGGGGAAGAUGGAGACGGCUUGCACGCCGGUUCGGAGACCCUUGACGACAGAGAACAUCAUCCUGUAUCUGGGGGGGGGGGGGGGGGG